AUGAACCAUAGUAACAUAUUCGCUAUCAAACAUUCAUGUAUCAAUCAUGAAAAUAAUCAUGAAAACUAUAUAUGUAUUAUGAAUAAAACUCCUGAAAAGUGUUUAAAGUGUAAUGGAACCUUAGAUAAUGAAAUGAUUAUCGAAUUGUUGCCACCUUAUUCAAAUGCACAUCAAUCAAUAUUGUUUACAUCAUAUCCAUUAUCUAGGAUUGCAUUUAUUUCAUCAGAUAGUAACAGUAAUACUAGUAAUAAUAGUAGUACUAAUAGUAGUAGUAUUGUACAUUAUCAACCAAAUACAAAUUUACAUUGUGGUGUAGUUGAUUCACAAGGUAAAGUAUAUCAUUAUACAAAUCAAUAUGGUAUACAAUAUGAUACAAUUGGUUGGGAACAAUCUAUCAUUAUCAAUGUAUCAGAAAUGACCAAAUGUGAUAGUUUAACAUCAUUCAAAUGGAAUGAAAUCAUUUAUAGUAUUGUGAAUGAUUUUAAACAAUCUCAUCGUGAUAGAAUGUUACAGUAUGAUGAUUAUGAUUGUUUAGAUUUUGUUGUGGAUAUAAUCAAAUAUGCUAUCAAUGAUCAACAAAUCAAUCGUAUCUUAAUAGCACAAUGGUUAUCUAUACAACUUGAAUGGAUUAUAUUAUAUGAGAAUAUAAGAAAACAAUUAAAAUCUGGUUCAUUACAAGUGAUUAGUAAACUUCAUAACAGUGUGACUUGUCAAUUGUAA